CCUGGAGCAGCAGCUGAGGGAACGCCACCAGAGGCUUGAGGAGACUGAGGAAGAUGAACCUGGUGGAGCCGGGCGCCCAGCAGACGUGAGCAGGACCUGGCCUGGCAGAGCACGUGCUUCUCCCCCGGGACCCCCGUGCCAGCGCACCGGGCACCAUCAUCCCAGCGCAUCCCGGCGCUGGGAACGGUGUCUGGCACCGUCAUUUUUGGAGAGCUCGUGGUCAGAGGCGGCCGUGGUGCUGCUGCCUCGGUGUCCCCAGAGCGGUGAGAACCAACGUGCCAGGGCUGGAAUGAGCUGGCAGAGGUGGGGGUGGCGUGGGGCCACGGCAGGCAACGCUCUCACCCCAACCGGCACCUGCUCCGGCACUCUCUGACACCAAAAAGUCAAGAAAAUAAAGGUUUUCAUCUGGUUUUCUUAGUGCAAAUGUGCUGGGGACAGUGAUGGGGUGGCAUUAGCUUGGGUUGAUGUUGCGUGGUGGGGAUGGAGGGCAACCACGGUCACAGAGCUGCAGGGCAGAUUGGUGGCCGGUGGCUCGAUUUGGCGGCAAUCCCACCAGCGCAGAUGCAGGUUGGUGUCUAUCCAAGGCCUUCAGCCAUCACCUGGUGGCACAGAGCCUCCCUUCACACCCCCGAUCUUCCUCUCCCCCCUCUUUUUUUUGGGUGUUUCUUUCUUCUCAUUGUGUUUUUUAGUUCUGUUUCCAAAAUUAAACGCGUUUCACCUCCUGCCCCUUCCACCCCACAGCCCUUGCCUUGUUGGAAAGGAAGUGCAAGAUGCUGUUUUUCAGCAGAUCUCACAUCAACAACACAACUGCCGGGCGCGGCCAGCACCACCCCGGGCACCAAGGAGGGCACCCGGCCACCGCCAUGGCUCCUGAGGAGCUCUCCGGCUCAGCUGACUACGAUUAUCCACUGGUGACCAACAUGACGGUGAACCAGGAGGUCUUCUCCAGGUGGGAGGUCAUCUUCACCACCAUCUUCAUCCCCAUCCUCUACUCCUUCAUCUUCCUCCUUGGCCUCAUGGGGAACCUCUUUGUCAUCGUGCUGAUGGCCAAGAGGAGGGGGAACAAGAGGAUGGUGGACACCUUUGUGCUGAACCUGGCGGUGGCUGAUGUCAUCUUCAUCUGCACUUUGCCCUUCUGGGUGGCGGCGGGAGCACGGGGGAACCGCUGGCCACUUGGCGAAGGGCUCUGCAAGGUGAGCAGCUAUGCCAUCGCAGUCAACCGCUGCUCCAGCAUCCUCUUCCUCACCGCCCUCAGCAUGGAGCGCUACCUGGUCAUCAAGAAGGUGCUGGACACCAAGAUGAUGGGUUCACAGAGGCAUAUCCGCAUCACGUGCGGCAUCAUCUGGGCAGCAUCACUCCUCCUGGGUGCCCCGUCCCUGGUGUACCGGCGGCUAGAUGGGGAUGACUGCUGGGAUGAAGAUGGAGAGGACUUCAGUCUGGCCAUGGUCUUCCUCACUUUCCUCCUGCCCUUGGGAGUCAUCUCCUUCUGCUACUGCUCCAUCUACUGUCGGCUCCAGCGCCAUGUCCGUCUGGGCAGGGGCAUCCGGCGUUCCCACCGUGCCAUUGUCACUAUCGUCGCAGCCUUCCUCUGCUCCUGGUUGCCCCUCAACACCUGCAAGGUGCUGCUCUUCUUCCUCGCCAAGGGUACGCUGGUCCUGUCCCAGGGGCAGGAGGUGGCCUUGAGGUGGGUGGUGGCCGGCAGCACCUGCUUGGCCUUCGUUAACAGCUGCGUCAACCCCCUGGUCUACGCCCUGAUGGAUGGACGCUGCCGUCCCCGAUGUCCCCGCGCUCCGGGGACAGGUCCCGGUGCAACUGUCCCUUCUUCCACCACGGACUCCAGCCUCCUCUUUGGUGUCCGGAUCUGGAUCAAGCCACCCCCCGGCCCCCGGCGCAGGAGCGGGACCCAGCUCCGGGCGGCACCGGGGGUCCCACGGGACCACCUCGGAGAGAGUCCCCAACCCUGCUCCCCAGCGUCCCCAGGUGCCACCCCAGACCCUGCUGUCCCACCUGGUCCCUAGCCAUAAUCCAGGUCCAACUUGUGAUCCCCAAGGGAGCUGCCACCCUGCACUCUCCCUGCAGCCUCAGUGCAGGCAGGAUCCGGCCCCCAGGAUAAAACCAUCACCCCCCCCAGGAUGCUCUGCACAAGGCACUGCUUCCGGAGUAGGAGCAUGGCUUUAAUUCCAAUUUAAUCCCAAUUAAUACAGAUUUACCCUUAUCACUAACUGUAUAUUUCAGUCUCGGAGCCUGAAAUGCCGCCGGGGGAAAGGGGGGGUACUUACUGCCUGGGGCACUGCCAGCAGCUCUGCCCGGUGUGGACACACACUGAGAAAAAAAACCCUUUAUUUCUCCAAAUCUGCCUUUUUUUCUCUGAACCGGCCCCCUUUAUUUGCACUGUUGGGGUUCCUGUUGUGUCAUCUCCUCUUGUGCUGCUGGGCAAGGGGGAUGCAUAAAAGACCCCCCCUAAAAAUCACGCAGGGGGUUGGGGGCAUCGGGGACCUGUGGGUGGAGGGGAAGGUGUGGGGCAGUUUGGGGCAGGGCAGUGCUGCCUGCAGUCCUGCCUGCAUCUGCUUGGGGCUGGCUCUGCUGCUGCAUCUCCCCUGCCUGCAUCCUCACCUGCACCCUCAACUGCAUCCUCACCUGCACCCUGCUCUGCACUUGCCCUGUUUGCAGUGCUUCCUGCUUGUACCCUGCCUGCAUCUCCCAUGCAUCUCUCCUGCCCGUAGCCUGCACCUUGCCUGCACCCUUGGUCUGUUUCUCCCCUGCUUGCACCCUGCCUGCAUCUCUCCCACCUGCACCUCUGCGGUCUACACGCUUGCUGUGCCUGUCCCUCCUGCAGACCUUUUUCUGCACAUCUCCUGCCUGCACCCUGCCCUGCACCUGCCCUGCCUGCAGCGCUUUCAGCCUGUUCCUUACCUGCAUCCUCACCUGCACCUCUCUUUCCUGCACCCUGCUCUGCACCCUGCUCUGCACCUGCCCUGCUUGCAGUGCUUCCUGCUUGCACUCUGCCUGUGUCUCACCUGCAUCUCCUCUGCCUGCAUUCUGCACCUUGACUGCACCCUUGGUCUGCACCUGCCCUGCUUGCAGCAUUUUCUGCCUGCUCCCUGCCUGCACCUCUCCUGCGUACACCCCUGCCUGCAUCUCACCCACCUGCACCUCUGCGGUGUGCACGCUUGCAGUGCCUGUCCCUC